UUUCACACAACAAACAAACAUAUAAGAGAGAGGAAAAAAAACUAAGUGAUGAAUCUUAGGGCUUUCUCACUCCUUUUCCUACUCGUGGGUUUUUGUGGGUUUAAGUGCAAGGCAGAAGACCUACAAUGCGAAGAGACACAGCCUUUCACAUGUAACGACACUGGCACUUUGAACAAAAGCUUGUUCGCCGAUGACUUCCUCUUCGGUGUCGCCUCUUCUGCUUACCAGAUCGAGGGUGCGGAGGGUAGAGGUCUCAACAUUUGGGAUGGAUUCACUCAUCGUUAUCCAUGGAAAGGAGGACCAGACAACGCCAACGGUGACACGGCUACUGGAUCAUACCCAGACUUCAGUAGAGAUAUUCAAGUGAUGAAAAAAUUGGGGGUUAAUGCCUACAGAUUCUCCUUUGCGUGGUCAAGAAUCAUUCCCAGAGGAAGGGCAAGUCGAGGAAUCAAUGAAGAAGGCGUUCAAUACUACGAUAACCUUAUAAACGCACUUGUAGCAGCAGGUACGUACACACAGGCCAACGUGUAUAUAUAUGUAAGUUUCCAGGAUAACCGUGAUUUGAGAACAAAUCCUUUUGAAGAGGAAGAGAAUGAUGAGACAUCAUGGAAUGAAAAAGUACAAGUGGGAUUAACGAGGCCAGAGGAACUUUAA